AUGGCCGACCUGGCCAACGACCCUGCCAUGAUGUCACUGCUGGGCUCGGCCAAUAACAACGACAUGCUGCAGGACAUGAUGGGCGACCUGGACUUUGGGCUGCUGGACUCUCCUCAGCCCUCCAGCCCUGCACAGGGGGAGAAUGGUGUUCCGGGUAGGGUCCAGGGUAGGGUCCAGGGGGCACAAGGAGGUCUCCUGCCCCCUCCUCCUCUGCCCAAUGGACUGCCUGCUCCUCUCAGUAAGCGCAUUGAGGACCUCCGAGUGGUAAGUGACUGACAUCUUCAAUCAUAUCCAGCUGCAGAUAUAUUUCAUAUUUAGAGAUAUUUUAGGUCUUCAGUCAGUUUCUUUGUUUGAUUUGUAGGGUCUGAAGGCCCUCACUGCUCGUUGAAAACGUUCAAGCACAUUACAUGGAAUGCAUUGAUUUUUUUCCCCCUUAAAAAUGGAAAGUGAUGAUUGUCACCGUUCUGAUAUUUCCUUCCAUAAAGAGACAAGAGUAACACAGGCAUUCUCUCAGGGGCACAAGUAGGAGUGAGAAGUAGAGGUUGCUGUGGCAACAAGAGAGCAGUGAUGUUCUUUGAGGGAGGUGAUGAGGGGAAAACAAGUUCCCACUCUUUCUCUGACAGAACGGUGAGGGUGAAGGGAAAGGGCAAGAGAGGAAUAUCAGGAAGAGGAGAGAAAGGUAGAGAGAGGAGGAGUGGAGGCAGGGAGGAGAGGAGGCCAAGAGCGAGAGGUACUGGAACGAAGGGAGUCAAAGAGAGGCUUAGACAAUAAGGUGAGGCUUGGAGGGGUGAAAGGGCAGGUGAUUUAUUUACAGUGAGGGAAAAAAGUAUCUGAUCCCCUGCUGAUUUUGUACGUUUGCCCACUGACAAAGACAUGAUCAGUCUAUAAUUUUAAUGGUAGGUUUAUUUGAACAGUGAGAGACAGAAUAACAACAACAACAUCCAGAAAAACGAAUGUCAAAAAUGUUAUAAAUUGAUUUGCAUUUUAAUGAGAGAAAUAAGUAUUUGACCCCUCUGCAAAACAUGACUUAGUACUUGGUGGCAAAACCCUUGUUGGCAAUCACAGAGGUCAGAUGUUUCUUGUAGUUGGUCAUCCGGUUUGCACACAUCUCAGGAGGGAUUUUGUCCCACUCCUCUUUGCAGAUCUUCUCCAAGUCAUUAAGGUUUCGAGGCUGAUGUUUGGCAACUCGAACCUUCAGCUCCCUCCACAAUGUGCUUCUUCUUGAGCCACUCCUUUGUUGCCUUGGCUGUGUGUUUUGGGUCAUUGUCAUGCUGGAAUACCCAUCCACGACCCAUUUUCAUCCUCGUCCCUUUGAUGCGGUGAAGUUGUCCUGUCCCCUUAGCAGAAAAACACCCCCUUAGCAUAAUGUUUCCACCUCCAUGUUUGACGUUGGGGAUGGUGUUCUUGGGGUCAUAGGCAGCAUUCCUCCUCCUCCAAACACGGCGAGUUGAGUUGAUGCCAAAGAGCUCGAUUUUGGUCUCAUCUGACCACAACACUCAGAUGUUCAUUGGCAAACUUCUUGAGCAGGGGGACCUUGCGGGCACUGCAUGAUUUCAGUCCUUCAUGGCGUAGUGUGUUACCAAUUGUUUUCUUGGUGACUAUGGUCCCAGCUGCCUUGAGAUCAUUGACAAGAUCCUCCUGUGUAGUUCUGGGCUGAUUCCUCACCGUUCUCAUGAUCAUUGCAACUCCACGAGAUGAGAUCUUGCAUGGAACCCCAGGCCGAGGGAGAUUGACAGUUAUUUUGUGUUUCUUCCAUUUGCGAAUAAUCGCACCAACUGUUGUCUCCUUCUCACCAAGCUGCUUGGCGAUGGUCUUGUAGCCCAUUCCAGCCUUGUGUAGGUCUACAAUCUUGUCCCUGACAUCCUUGGAGAGCUCUUUGGUCUUGGCCAUGGUGGAGAGUUUGGAAUCUGAAUGAUUGAUUGCGUCUGUGGACAGGUGACUUUUAUACAGGUAACAAGCUGAGAUUAGAAGCACUCCCUGUAAGAGUGUGCUCCUAAUCUCAGCUCGUUACCUGUAUAAAAGACACCUGGGAGCCAGAAAUCUUUCUGAUUGAGAGGGGGUCAAAUACUUAUUUCCCACAUUAAAAUGCAAAUCAAUUCAUAACAUGUUUGACAUGUUAUUCUGUCUCUCACUGUUCAAAUAAACCUACCAUUAAAAUUAUAGACUGAUCAUUUCUUUGUCAGUGGGCAAACGUACAAAAUCAGCAGGGGAUCAAAUACUUUUUUCCCUCACUGUAUCCAGUGAUAUAGGUAAUCUAAACUAAAGAAGCAAAGUUGUAUUACGGUGCAUUACAUUUCAGUGUCCAUUGAGCAUAAUUUAUUUUGUUUUAUAGAAUCUCUGAAUUUAAAUUAUUCUCCAACAAACAGGCUUCUCAUCAGUUUGAUCAAGAGGGCAGGAAAAAGUUCUUCACGCUGGACAUGAACAACAUCCUACUGGAGUGAGUCUUAGUUCUGAGUGUCUUUACAACUGUACAAACUGUCUUUCCUCCCCUGACCAUCUCUCUGCAUGUGUUAGUCAGUGUUUAUCUUAAUGUCUAACCCUCUGCCUCUGUGUGUUGGUCAGUAUUGAGUUGCAGGUUCAGGAGCAGCCGGCAGCAGUGCGCUCUUCAGUCUACUCCCAUCUCGAGGCCUUUGUGCCCUGCAACAAGGAGGCUCUGCUCAAACGCCUAAAGAAACUCAGCCUCAAUAUCCAGGUGUGUAUGCACUAAAAUGUUUGACAUUUUAUGUGUAUGUUUGUGUGUGCACAUAUGCCUGUUCUUGGCUUCUGUCUAAUUGUAGAUGAUGUUUGUUAACGGGGUGUGUGGCGUGAGUGUCAUCUGGUGUGUGUGAUUGUUACCCUUUUCCAUCCGCUGUCAUCCAGGAUGACCGUCUGCGUUCCCCUCUACUGAAGCUGAAGCUGGCUGUGUGCAGCGUGAUGCCAGAGCAGAUCGCCAGAUACAACAUGGACUGCAUCGCCAAAGUGGCCAAGUAAGGCCUUCUCCUCUGGCUCCUUUCUUCUCCUGCAUUCUGUUCACCUCUUAUUUCCUCUCCUACCUCCCCUUUUGUCCUCACCCUUUUGUCCCUUGCUGUCUAUUUUUCCAUGCCUCGUCAGUGUUCUCUCUGGGUUGUGUAUUUACAGGCAGCAGUCAGAAGAGGGGGAGAAGAACGGAUCAGAAGAGGAGGAUGAGGAGAAGCCUGGGAAGAGAGUGAUGGGACCUCGCAAGAAGUUUGUCUGGGAUGAGAAGCUCAGGUGAGCUCUCAUUUGUGAAUGUAAUGUCAUACAAUUAUGUUAUACAGGUGUUUUGGUUUAGUGUAGUGAUGGGAAGUUCGGCUCUUUUUACUGACUCAGAUCUUUUCGACUCGUUCAGUCAAAUGAAUGAAUCUUUCGACUAAUUUCGUUCAUUUGAGUCAGUAAUGCCCAGAGCACGCAGGACCCCAGGCGAACGAUAAACUGAAAACUCGAAAUAGUCAUGAUUCUACAAGCCUCUCGUUCAUAGGUCGUUCACCAUAAGGGGCUUAUUGGAGCUGUCAUUUGUGACAGACUUGUAAAAGUGUGCUUUAAACAAUGUAUAUUUGUUGAUUGCUAGACAUACAAAUGCGAUUAUAUAUUGGUACAUUUGAAACAAGGUCUAGUUGUGGCCGCAACCGGACUAGAUUGUGAAAAACUCUUGCCAGUCAAGCAAUGCAUUCCGCCGUGAGGGUGAUAAGCACAAUAUCGUUUGCAGUUCACAACGAUUCGUUCUCGAGUUCGUUGAGCAGAAGCUGUGUAUCUUUUGGUUCUAAAAAGCUGUGUCCAUCAUAGUGUUCAUUCUUGCACCAUGCAAUCAAUUAUCAGUUCUAAACUUGUAUUUUUUCUUCUCUAUGCUGCUUGCAGCAUUAUCUAUUUUGCCUGCGCGCAUAUGACGAACAGUUGUUGGUCGGAGCACAUCUCCGGAGUCACAGAAGGAGUGCGUAUGAAUCCUGCUGUAGAAUUAAAUGCAGCCAGCAAGUCAAACGAAUGACUAAAAUGAACGAGUCACUCAGAAAAGCGAAUCAUGACUCAGUAAAAAGAACAAAUCAUUCGCCAACAGUGGAGCACAAAUUGUAAUGCAUAGUUGGUGAAACGUGUGUUGGUCUGUAGGAUGUUGCUGUGUAACCUGGUGAGGGUGAAGCUGGGCUGCUAUGAGCUGGAGGGCCAGAGCUCCCUGUCUCCAGAGGACUAUCUCAAGGUCUUCAUGGAUACUGAGGUGAAACCACUGUGGCCCAAGGGCUGGAUGCAGGCCAGGUCAGUGUGUGUGUGUGUUUGCAUGUUGAAGUGUAACAUUUGACCAUUUAACCUAGUUUGCAUUUCACCACAUCUCUCCAUGUUCUUCUCCUCCUCAGGAUGCUAUUCAAAGAGAGCCUCAUGGUCCAUGGUCACCUCACAGGCAAUCCGUGAGUCAUUACUUUGAUAUACUUUGCUUAUUUUAAAAAUCACUAUAUUUAAGUGAAGGUUAACACUGGUGUUCUUAAUUAUGCACUCAUUUUCCUUUUGAUUUCACUGUUAUCCAGCGCAAAGAAAAAGAUGGUUCCCACUCCCAAGUCUAAACCCAAGGUUAGUGUUUUGCAGUCUACUGAUGCAUUACUUGCAUGCUUGUCAUUUCAAUACCAUUGUUGUUUGAAUAGAUUUAGAUCAUCACACUAAUUGUUUGCUCUUUCUAUCUCCUAUGUUGUUUGGUGUUCCAGGAGGGUGGUUGGGUCCAGAGAUCCACCCCCUCAGUUGGUGCGACCCCCUCCCCUGCAGCCCCAGUGGCCUGUCGGCCCUCCCAGUCCCCCGCUGAGCCCAUCUGUCUGCUGGACUCCCUGGAUGAAGAGCUGACCGCCCCCGCCCUGGACUCCAUCUCCCAGGCCCUGGCCCUCCUCAGCAACGCAGCCAAGGGCCUGGUCCAAGGGGACAGCCCCCCCUCCCCUGAUGGGCCCAAGACCGCCCCGUCCUCCCUCCACGCCUCACCUCUUCUCCAGAAGCACAAGAAGAACACCAUCAACACACCCAGUUCCAACACACCUCUCUACGUCUCUACCUCCUCCCCUCCUCUCUCUCUCGGCCUCCCACCGUCUCCCCUUCUCUGUCCUCAGUGAGGAGCGAGGGGUUGGGGUCGAUGAAGGGUGGAGGUGCCCUGGCUCAGGCUCACAGACAAUCAGUGUUGAGCACUCAGAGGCCUGCUGGGAUGGGCCUGAGUAAAGCCAACACUCCCGGCUCUCACUCCCAGCCUAAGCCACGGCUGCCCCCCAAUCAGAAGGGCUUUGGCAGCAAUAAUACUAAAGCCAACAGUGGUGACCCCCCCCUCUCCUCACCCUCUCCCUCCUUUUCCCACUCUCUCUCAGGAGCCCAAGCUCAGCAGCAGUCCAACUUCAUCACCCCCAUGCAGGCCACUCUCACCAAGUCCUCCCACAGCAGCACCUCACCCAUCAUCAAACUCACCCCUCGCCUCCCCAACCCCUUAACGCCCACCACCUUCUCCUCACCCUCCCCCAAUCCCAGGCCUCAGGCAGCUUCCAGUAUACACCAGUACUCGUCCAAAAGCCCAGCAGGGUUCCGCCCACCUUUCUCAGGUGCUCUGGGAGGGCCAGCCAAAUUGUCCAGGGCAGCUACACCCCUACAGGAGGGCAGAAGACCCCCUCUCAGAUCAUCAGCAGCAGCGCCAACACCAGCCUUACCAACACCUCAUCCAUCAGCAAGCAUUCGGGAUCCAGUCCCUCCCCUACCACAACCUCGACCAGUCAGCGACAAAGGCCGGCAGGUGGAACCAUUCAGGGGGCUAAGCCUAUUAAAUCUGUCUCCACACAGUCUGUCUCUUCUCAAUUGCCACAGGUAAGUGAGAAGUAGGAGAGGGUAGAUGGGUGGGACAAGGUCAUGGUGCAGCAAAUGUUCAAAAUGAGUUUAUCGUCUGUGUGGUUUGUGUUAUCUGUGUAUUUAUGUAUUUGAUCUAUGUGUAUGUUUUAUAUUUUGUCUGGGUCUGUAGUUCUAAUUAUAAACUGGGUGGUUCAAGCCCUGAAUGCUGAUUGGCUGAAAGCCGUGGUAUAUCAGACCGUAUACCACGAGUACCACAAAACAUUAAUUUUUGCUGCUCUAAUUACGUUGGUAACCAGCUUAUGAAAGCAAGAAGGCACCUCAGGGGGUUGUGUUAUAUUGCCAAUAUACUAUGGCUAAGGGCUGUAUCCAGAACAGCCCUUAGCCGUGGUAUAUUGGCCAUAUACCACACCCCCUCUGGCCUUAUUGCUUAAUUAUAUGCCUUUGUUCUCCAGGUGUCCUCAGCCAGCAGCAGUCUUCUUGGCUCUGCUCCGUCUCUCGCACUGGGUUUUGGGAUGUUGGGGGGGCUGGUUCCCGUCUCUCUGCCCUUCCAGUUCCCUUCACUCUUAAACCUGCCCCCAUUAGGGGGCACUGCCGGCUCCAGCACCGGGGCCAGUGGCUCAUCAGCCAGCAACAGCUCAGCAUUCUCCCUGACCCAGAGUGAGUGACACAGCCAGGCCACAGAAACAUGAAAAAACUGAAAAAUGUACAGUGCUUUUGGUAAGUAUUCAGACCCCUUCACUUUUUCCACAUUUUGUUACGUUACAGCCUUAUUCUAAAAUUGAUUAAAUUAUUAAUUUUUCUCAUUACUCUACACACAAUACCCCAUAAUGACAAAGCAAAAACAGGUUUUUAGAAAUGUUUGCUAAUGUAUAAAAAAAAAAAAAGAAUACCUUAUUUACAUACAGUGAGGGAAAAAAGUAUUUGAUCCCCUGCUGAUUUUGUACGUUUUCCCACUGACAAAGAAAUGAUCAGUCUAUAAUUUUAAUGGUAGGUUUAUUUGAACAGUGAGAGACAGAAUAACAACAAAAAAAUCCAGAAAAACGCAUGUCAAAAAUGUUAUAAAUUGAUUUGCAUUUUAAUGAGGGAAAUAAGUAUUUGACCCCUCUGCAAAACAUUACUUAGUACUUGGUGGCAAAACCCUUGUUGGCAAUCACAGAGGUCAGACGUUUCUUGUAGUUGGCCACCAGGUUUGCACACAUCUCAGGAGGGAUUUUGUCCCGCUCCUCUUUGCAGAUCUUCUCCAAGUCAUUAAGGUUUUGAGGCUGACGUUUGGCAACUCGAACCUUCAGCUCCCUCCACAGAUUUUCUAUGGGAUUAAGGUCUGGAGACUGGCUAGGCCACUCCAGGACCUUAAUGUGCUUCUUCCUGAGCCACUCCUUUGUUGCCUUGGCUGUGUGUUUUGGGUCAUUGUCAUGCUGGAAUACCCAUCCACGACCCAUUUUCAAUGCCCUGGCUGAGGGAAGGAGGUUCUCACCCAAGAUUUGACGGUACAUGGCCCCGUCCAUCGUCCCUUUGAUGCAGUGAAGUUGUCCUGUCCCCUUAGCAGAAAAACACCCCCAAAGCAUAAUGUUUCCACCUCCAUGUUUGAUGGUGGGGAUGGUGUUCUUGGGGUCAUAGACAGCAUUCCUCCUCCUCCAAACACGUUGAGUUGAGCAUUCCUCCUCCUCCAAACACGGCGAGUUGAGUUGAUGCCAAAGAGCUCCAUUUUGGUCUCAUCUGACCACAACACUUUCACCCAGUUCUCCUCUGAAUCAUUCAGAUGUUCAUUGGCAAACUUCAGACGGGCAUGUAUAUGUGCUUUCUUGAGCAGGGGGACCUUGCGGGCACUGCAGGAUUUCAGUCCUUCACGGCGUAGUGUGUUACCAAUUGUUUACUUGGUGACUAUGGUCCCAGCUGCCUUGAGAUCAUUGACAAGAUCCUCCCGUGUAGUUCUGGGCUGAUUCCUCACCGUUCUCAUGAUCAUUGCAACUCCACGAGGUGAGAUCUAGGUGAGAUCUUGCAUUGAGCCCCAGGCCGAGGGAGACUGACAGUUCUUUUGUGUUUCUUACAUUUGUGAAUAAUCGUACCAACUGUUGUCACCUUCUCACCAAGCUGCUUGGCGAUGGUCUUGUAGCCCAUUCCAGCCUUGUGUAGGUCUACAAUCUUGUCCCUGACAUCCUUGGAGAGCUCUUUGGUCUUGGCCAUGGUGGAGAGUUUGGAAUCUGAUUGAUUGCUUCUGUGGACAGGUGUCUUGUAUACAGGUAACAAACUGAGAUUAGGAGCACUCCCUUUAAGAGUGUGCUCCUGAUCUCAGCUCGUUACCUGUAUAAAAGACACCUGGGAGCCAGAAAUCUUUCUGAUUGAGAGGGGGUCAAAUACUUAUUUCCCUCAUUAAAAUGCAAAUCAAUUUAUAACAUUUUUGACAUGCGUUUUUUCUGGAUUUUUUUGUUGUUAUUCUGUCUCUCACUGUUCAAAUAAACCUACCAUUAUAAUUAUAGACUGAUCAUUUCUUUGUCAGUGGGCAAACGUACAAAAUCAGCAGGGGAUCAAAUACUUUUUUCCCUCACUGUAAGUAUUCAGAUCCUUUGCUGUGAGACUCAAAAUUGAUCUCCGGUGCAUCCUGUUUCCAUUGAUCAUCCUUGAGAUGUUUCUAUAACUUGAUUGGAGUCCACCUGUGGUAAAUUCAAUUGAUUGGACAUGAUUUGGAAAGGCACACACCUGUCUAUAUAAGGUCCCACAGUUGACAGUGCAUGUCAGAGCAAAAACCAAGCCAUGAAGUCGAAGGAAUCGUCAGAGACAGGAUUGUGUCGAGGCACAGAUCUGGGGAAGGCUACCAAAAAAUUUCUGCAGCAUUGCAGGUCCCCAAGACCACAGUGGCCUACAUCAUUCUUAAAUGGAAGAAGUUUGGGAUCACCAAGACUCUUCCUAGAGCUGGCCGCCCUGCCAAACUGAGCAACCGGGGGAAAAGUGCCUUGGUCAGGGAGGUGACCAAGAACCCGAUGGUCACUCUGACAGAGCUCCAGAGUUCCUUUGUGGAGAUGGGAUAACCUUCCAGAAGGACAAUCAUCUCUGCAGCACUCCACCAAUCAGGCCUUUAUGGUAGAGUGCCCAGACAGAAGCCACUCCUCAGUAAAAGGCACAUGACAGCCCGCUUGGAGUUUGCCUAAAUGCACCUAAAGGACUCUCAGACCACGAGAAACAAGAUUCUCUGGUCUGAUGAAACCAAGAUUGAACUCUUUGGCCUGAAUGCCAAGCGUCAUAUCUGGAGGAAACCAGGCACCGCUCAUCACCUGGCCAAUACCCUCCCUUCGGUGAAGCAUGGUGGUGGCAGCAUCACGCUGUGGCAGGGUCUUGGAGACUUGUCAGGGUCGAGGGAAAGAUGAACAGAGCAAAGUACAGAGAGCGCUCAGGACUUCAGACUGGAGCGGCGGUUCACCUUCAAACAGGACAACGACCAUAAGCACACAGCCAAGACAACCCAGGAGUGGCUUCGGGACAAGUCUCUGAAUUUCCUUGUGGCUUAGCCAGAGCCCGGACUUCAACCCGAUCUAACAUCUCUGGAGAGACCUGAAAAUAGCUCUGCAGCGACGCUCCCCAUCCAACCUGACAGAGUUUGAGAGGAUCUGCAGAGAAGAAUGGGAGAAACUCCCCAAAUACAGGUGUGCCAAGCUUGUAUCGUCAUACCCAAGAAGACUCGAGGCUGUAAUUGCUGCCAAAGGUGCUUCAACAAAGUACAGGGUCUGAAUACUUAUGUUUUUUUUUGUUGCUAAAAUUCUAAACACAUGUUCUUGCUUUGUCAUUAUAGGGUUUUGUGUAUAGAUUGAGGGGGGGGGGGAACAAUUUAAUCAAUUUUAGAAUAAGGCUGUAAAUUAACAAAAUGUGGAAAAAGUGACGGGGUCUGAAUACUUUCCGAAUGCCCUGUAUCCUCCCGUUAAGGAUUAUGACAUUUGGUGAAUGGAGUUGAUGAAUGUAGAACAGCUGUUGAUUGAGAUGGGGUUGCUUUAAUCUAGUCUGUGUGUAUGUUGAUGUCUUGGUAUGUGUGUAGAGUUUGUUUUUGUGUUGUUUGACCAUUGUGUUAAUUCCCCAUGCUGUGUCUGGAAGCCUGCAAUGUUUUUCUCCAUUGUCUGACAUUCUCACAUAUAGUUUCUUUGGUUAAUUUCUCCCCUUAUCCCUCUGUGCCUCUUCUUUAAAAUGUCAUUCUUCCAUGAAUCUACUGCUCUCCUGUGCUUUUACAUCCAUUUACUAUUUGACCUGGCUCAUCUUUUUUCCUUUCAUCUUGUUUUCUUGUCUUGACUCCCAUUCUUGUUUAGUCUACACUGCCUUUCCUAUCCCACCAUGCCCUUGACCUACACUCUCCUCUUGUGUGUCAUCUCCUCCCUCCCAUGUCCUCCUGUCUCUCCUCAGAUCUGAUAAAGAGUCUCCAGUCAGGGUCUCAGGUUGCUCUGCCUCCUCACUUACAGCUCGCUUUCUCAGGUAAAAUCUGCCCCUCCCUGUGACCCCGCUCUCUGCCUCUCCCUGUGACCCCGCUCUCUGCCUGCUGUCACUUCAAAUGUCUGGUGUUUUCUUUCUUUCUUGGGGACAUCUUCCCUGUCUGUCCCACCGUAGUCUCUGUGCUUGUCUGGUGGUGGGUUGCAUGCCUGUCGCUUUAGUCAUGUCAGUGGUUGUUAUUUGUGUUAUCUUAUGUGUUUAAAUAUUUGUUUUUGUUUCCUAUCCAUAUUUCAAGAACUCUACUCUUCCUGUCCAGAUGUCAAUCAAACCCAAGGAGGGGAUGUGAAGAGGAAGUCUCUUUGA